UGAGUGUUACCCCAGGGUCAGGCCCCAGUGAGUGUUACCCCAGGGUCAGGUCCCAGUGAGUGUUACCCCAGGGUCAGGUCCCAGUGAGUGUUACCCCAGGGUCAGGCCCCAGUGAGUGUUGCCCCAGGGUCAGGUCCCAGUGAGGAGACAGUUGCCCCAGGUACAGGCCAGGCCCCAGUGAGGAGACAGUUGCCCCAGGUACAGGCCCCAGUGAGGAGACAGUUGCCCCAGGUACAGGCCAGGCCCCAGUGAGGAGACAGUUGCCCCAGGUACAGGCCAGGCCCCAGUGAGUGUUGCCCCAGGGUCAGGCCCCAGUGAGGAGACAGUUGCCCCAGGUACAGGCCAGGCCCCAGUGAGGAGACAGUUGCCCCAGGUACAGGCCAGGCCCCAGUGAGGAGACAGUUGCCCCAGGUACAGGCCAGGCCCCAGUGAGUGUUGCCCCAGGGUCAGGCCCCAGUGAGGAGACAGUUGCCCCAGGUACAGGCCAGGCCCCAGUGUAAGUUCCUGUUGGUACAAAAGGAGCUGACCGUGGUACUUAGGGCCCCCCCCCCCCCCGAGGAAAUUCAGUUGUCUCCGCCCCUUGCCGACCAUGGCCGAACAGAAUCCUCUCCCAGUCCGAAGGAAGAAGGCGACUCGUGUCCAGAGUGUGAGCCACAGCCCCUCCGAGAAAGAGCAACCUGGGGGCAACGAGAAGCCCCGCUGGGGGGAGUCUGAUUUCAGGUGUCACAGGGUCCAGGAGUCCCUUCUCAGUUCUGCCAGCGGGUUCAGUAACUACCGCGGGAUCCUAAACUGGUGUGUGGUGAUGCUGGUUCUGAGCAAUGCCCGUCUGUUCCUGGAGAACCUAAUAAAGUACGGGAUAUUGGUGGAUCCCAUCCAGGUGGUUUCCCUGUUUGUUCAGGACCCCUAUAGCUGGCCGGCACUCUGCCUGGUACUGGUUUCCAACGUGUUCAUUGUGUGCGCGCUGCAUCUGGAGCGGCGCCUGGUGUUGGGCCAGUUCUCUGAGCAGGUUGGGCAGUUGCUCUACAUGUUCCUCCUCUUCACCAUCCUCUGCCUCCCGGUGCUGGUGGUGUUCACCGUUGUCUCCAUCACUCCAGUGGGGGCAGUGUUUGCCCUUGGGGUUUAUACCAUACUCUUCCUGAAACUCUACUCCUACAUGGAGGUGAAUCACUGGUGCAGGGAGAGGAGACUGGCACAGACCCAGGCACUGGGUCGCUCUCAGUCAGUUCCACUGAUUCCCAAAGCCAAUGGUGAGGUAUCGAGGAAGGAGGUGUCGUACCCCGGCAACCUGACACACAGAGAUAUUUAUUAUUUCAUGCUUGCCCCCACCCUCUGCUAUGAGCUGAACUUCCCACGCUCCCCCCGGAUUCGCAAGAGGUUCCUUCUGCGCCGCCUUGUGGAGAUGCUGUUUAUUAUGCAGCUCCUGGUUGGCCUCAUCCAGCAGUGGAUGGUUCCGACCAUUCAGAACUCCAUGAAACCAUUCCGGGACAUGGACUACUCCCGAAUCAUUGAGCGCCUCCUUAAAUUGGCGGUCCCCAAUCAUCUCAUCUGGCUGAUCUUCUUCUACUGGUUCUUCCAUUCCUCCAUGAACUUUGUUGCUGAAAUCAUGCGCUUCGGGGACCGCGAGUUCUACCGGGACUGGUGGAACUCGGAAACCGUCACGUAUUUCUGGCAGAACUGGAACAUUCCGGUGCACAGGUGGUGUCUCAGGCACUUUUACAAACCAAUGUUGAGGAGGGGCGUUUCCCGAUGGGCGGCACAGGCAGCGGUGUUCCUGGCAUCGGCUUUCUUUCAUGAGUAUCUGGUGAGUGUUCCCCUGAAGAUGUUCCGGCUCUGGGCCUUUAUGGGAAUGAUGUCUCAGAUCCCAUUGGCCUGGUUUGUGGGGAGGUUUCUCCGUGGUAAUUACGGCAACGCGGCCGUGUGGAUUUCCCUAAUUAUCGGGCAGCCCAUUGCGGUUCUGAUGUACGUGCACGACUACUAUAUCCUGAACCACGGGAAGCUCCUCUGAAGCCAAUGGAGGAGCAGCUGGAAGAUUGUGAUCUGCUUCCCGCCCCUGAAUCCUUCCAAUCAACCAAUCAAUGCAAGCGUGUUUGUGAGGAGCUGCACUAUCCGUGGGGGGGGGGGGGGGGGGGGGUUGUGAUGGACGUUAGUCUGUGAGUCUGGCAGAGUCAUACGAGUUGCCUCCAUCUGUCCAACACCAGAUCACCAGAGAUCUGGAUUUAAUCCUCUACCCAUAAUUCCCUGUACUGGAGGCUACCUACAGUCUCCUCAUCCGUCCAACCCUGAGCCUUUUCCCUCUAGAAUGAUUCCCUGCCCCCUCAUCCAGAAAAACAUCCGCUCUGUCUCAUCUGAGGCACUAGUGCCCCCUAUACAGGGAAUGCCCCACCCAACCCCUCUGAGGCACUAGUGCCCCCUAUACAGGGAAUGCCCCACCCAACCCCUCUGAGGCACUAGUGCCCCCUAUGCAGAGAAUGCCCCGCCCCCAACCCCUCUGAGGCACUAAUGCCCCCUAUGCAGAGAAUGCCCCGCCCCCAACCCCUCUGAGGCACUAGUGCCCCCUACACAGGGAAUGCCCCGCCCCCAACCCCUCUGAGGCACUAAUGCCCCCUAUACAGAGAAUGCCCCGCCCCCAACCCCUCUGAGGCAUUAAUGCCCCCAAUACAGAGAAUGCCCUACCCCUCUGAGGCACUAGCGCCCCCAAUUCUAUCCCAUUGGUUGUACUUACCAUGGGAGAUGUGGGCUGAGUGGCUCCGCCCCCACGCUGCACUGUGCUCCUCCGGCACGGCUAUCACACAUGAUGCUGUAGGUAUAUUCUAGUUCAUAUGUUGAGGGCACGGGCCGUGUGCCCGAGUCGUGUUUGUGAUAUGGGGAGAUUUAUACGAGGCCUCGGCUGUCUGAUUGGGCAGCGCUGAGUGAUUAAAGCUUUUUCUUUUCCAA